UUCGCUUUGCUUUAGAGAUUGUGUUUUGCGUGUCUGAUCCUAAGUUGGAAUCUACCAAGUAGCUAUAUUUCUCAAGAAUGAUUUAUCGCUUGGUGCAUAAAAUAUUGUCCAUUAUGGUCCAGCUGGGUUAAUUACCAAAUGUUCUGAAGAUGUUGAAUUGUGAUGUAAGCAUCUUUUGUCUCCUUUUGGGACUCUAUAGGUUAAAGCCGUGUAUGUGAAGAACUUGCCCAAAAACAUUACCCAAGACAAGCUAAAAGAGUUGUUUGAACAUCAUGGGAAGAUUACAAAAGUAGUUCUUCCUCCAGCUAAACCAGGGCAAGAACAGAGCAGAUAUGGCUUUGUUCACUUUGCUGAGAGGUCAAGUGCUAUGAAGGCCCUGAAGAACACUGAGAGAUAUGAGAUAGAUGGAAAAAUACUGGAGUGUUCACUCGCAAAGCCUCAGGCAGACCAGAAAUCUUCAGGAGGGUCAAGCUCACAAAAGGGGCCCACACUUCCAACUUACCCUCCUCGUAUUGGCUAUGGCAUGGUUGGAGCUCCUUAUGGUGCUCUAAGUGCAGGAUAUGGUGGUGCAGGUGUUGGCCAAGUAAGAACUUUUUCAUGUUUUUGAUGGUGACUGUUUGUCUUCGCAUUCGAUGUUCUAGCCUUUUCAAUCAAUCAACUAUACUUUAACGGCUUAACCAUUAUUGGUUUUUAGUCUAUAUGUAUCCUAUACAUAAAUUAUGCUAUUUUUGAGGCAUUCCAUUCCAAUAUUAGAUAAUUUGUCUUCCAAAGUACAUUAAGAUCUCGAAAACUAGAUAUUUUAUUCAAGAACUCAUACUUGUCCCUGCAUAUGAGUCUCUACCAAAGUAAAA